AGCAAAUUUUAUCCUAAAGACAGUGCUAAAGAUGCCCUAUGUAAAGGCAGAGUAAGAGUUCAACUAAAAAAUAGUGAUGAAAGCUUUGUGAAUGAAAAAUUCCAAUCAAGGAAAGCAUUAUUUCUAUUUCUUGGUGAAAUGAUCCCUAAGUUGAAAAGUCGUCAAAGCAAGUCUUCACAAAGUGAUAAUACAAACCAGCAGCAGGGAGCUGGAGCAACUGCGAAGAAAAAGAAAGGAAAGAAAGGCAAAGGGAAAUAAAUAAGAUAUUUGCAACAAUCAUGUGUAUUAAUUUUAAAAAGACUAUUUUUUCUCAAAGUCCAUUAAAAUUGUGGUCUACAAUCA